AUGCCCAACGCUAUUCUUGGCAGCCCCAUCGCAGACAGCGACCCAUCGACCGAUGAAUCUGAUCGGGCCGAACGACCGCGUCUACAAUACAGCGCUGUGCCAAAAGCCAGGAUCAACAUCGUGCGGGAGCUCAGCGUGGGCCUCAUCGUCAACGCCGAUUUACCCUUCUCUGUCUUCACGAAUCCGUACUUUGAGCAAUUCGUCUGGCAACUCGAUCCGCAAGUCGCUGGUCAGGUGCCAUGGAGCCGAAAAUCAAUGAGCCGACAUCUGAAUGCUGUCUACCAUGCUAAGAAGAGCGCUGUCGGACAAGAGCUCAGCCAUGCGCUCACCAAAAUCCAUCUAGGGUUUGACCUUUGGACGUCGCCUAAUCGUUAUGCUAUCAUGGCCGUACAGCACACUUUCUCGAUCGGCAGUGAGCGACGGCGUGUUUGUGAUGUAGUCAACCUGUCCAGCAUUUGA